AUGGCAGCGAUUGGCUACAGAUGCUCCCGCAUGGCAAUGAUUGGCUACAGAUGCUCCCGCAUGGCAGCGAUUGGCUGCAGAUGCUCCCGCAUGGCAGCGAUUGGCUACAGAUGCUCCCGCAUGGCAAUGAUUGGCUGCAGAUGCUCCCGCAUGGCAAUGAUUGGCUGCAGGAGAGAAGAAGUCCGUCCUUUGAGCGGGCUGAGUGCUGUCUCAUCAGCUGCUGGACUUCAGUACUAUUUUGUUUAUGACAGGAAGAACUUUACUGAAGCCCAAAGAUACUGCAGAGAGAAACACACAGACCUGGUCACUGUAGACAGCAUGGAGGUUAUGAAUAACCUCACCAACAUGGCAGAUUUAGACAACAUGUUCUACUCCAACAACAGCUACAGAACCAGAAGGUGCAGGCUGCUGGAGGAGGACCCUUUCUGGAUCGGCCUUUUCAGUGACUCCUGGAAGUGGUCAGAUGGAAGUACCUCCUCAUUCAGCUUCUGGAAGAACGGGCAACCUGAUAACAACAAAGGGAACAAGACUUGUGUGGCUGCAGACUUCAGCCAAUCAGGAGCCUGGGAGGGCUGGCCCUGUGACAUGGAGAGAGCUUUCAUUUGCUACGGUCCAGUGGUUCCUGUUUCAAAGAAAGUGAUGAAAGUGAAGUUUGAGAACAAGAAGAAUCUGGAUCUGAAUGACCCUGCUGUGAUGGAGGCCAUGUUGAAGCAGCUGAAACAGAAGCUGAGGGCCCAGGGGCUGGACGACAACAUCAAACUGAGCUGGAGGAAGCAGGCCGAUGGAAAAGUCUUCCACAAGGAAGACAAGAAGACCAACAAGAGGAGGAGGAAGAGGGAGGAGCUGUAAUGUUGAGUUGCUGCAUCUGUUUUCAUCAGAGAAAAGUCUGGUUCUUUGCAAACAGAAAUACUAAAUAUAUUCACAGCUUCUAGCUUCUCAAACAUGAAGAUUUGAUGCUUUUUUGUCAUAUUUGGUGAUAAACUUAAUAUAUUUGAGCUUCAGACUGUUAGAAUAAAACAAGACUUUAUUAUUUAUCUGAUUUAUCAGCUUUGGGGAAAUAUAACCGACAUGUUUUACUGAUUCACUGUUUCUUCUUUAAAAUGUAUUUUAAUGAGAUAAAAUAUCUUUCUUUGUUUGAGAGUAAAGGGUUUUUCACACGGGGAGCGACCCUUGGCCUGCGUAGUCGCGUCAUGUGAUGACAACGCUCCGCGAGUUAACGCCAGGCGAUCAAUGAGUGGUAACCAUGGAGAUACUGUAUCCCUGCUGUACAACUGGAUGAGAUCAGCUGUGAUUUCAUAUCACCCUAAUCACAGGUGGAUUUAUAACACAUAGUGGUAAUCCUAGUCUUUCCUAACCACAGACAGUUAUUAACAUAAAGUUAGCUACAUUAGCAUAGUUAGCUACAUUAGCAUAGUUAGCUACAUUAGCAUAGUCAUGAUUACAGACGUCUUGUGCCGUUGCUCUGACAAGCAGAAGCU